AUGUUCAAGAAAGGCUUCACCGGCACCCAAAAGACCAAACUCAAAUCCUCCGUCCAACGCGCCCUCCGCACCAAAAUCACCGACCAAUUCCCGCUCCUCACACCCCACAUCGACGAGCUAAUCCCCAAAAAGUCGCAACUGGACCUCAUCAAAGCGCCCGACCGCAUCUCCCUCUACGCCCUCGGCACCGACAUCCUCUUCUUCCAGCACCACGACGACGCGCUCUUCCCGCACCUGCGCGUCGUGCACCGCUUCCCGCAGUGCUUCCCCACGCUCCAAAUCGACCGCGGCGCGAUCCGCUUCGUGUUGAGCGGGGCGCAGUUGAUGUGUCCGGGGCUGACGUCGCCGGGGGCCAGGCUGCCGGAGAGGGAGCGGGAGGUCAAGGCGGGGACAGUGGUGGCGAUUGGCGCCGAGGGGAAAGGGGAGGCGUGUAUGGUGGGCUUGCUGAAGAUGGAUACGGAGGCGAUUAAGAGUGUGAAUAAGGGCGUGGGCGUGGAGACGGUGCAUUAUUUGGGCGAUGGGCUGUGGAGGUUGGAUGUUGACUAG